AUGAGUGCUUCUCCAACUGACGACUAUGUUCAAAUGGUUGAAGAGCUAAGAGAAUUACAAGUAAAACUAAUCAAAGAAGACACUUUUUACGAAUACCUUGAAAAUGAAACAAAAGAAACAAUUUCAAAAUUAGAAAAAAUUUCAUACAGAGCUAGAUGCAUUCAAAAAUACAUUAUUACAUUCUUAGCAAGCACAUUUCGUGUUAAACCUUCCAGUUAUUCAUUGCAAUAUGUUAAUUCUUUAUUUACAUAUGAUAUUGGACAAAAAAUUCCAUAUAAGAUUGCAGACAUAGAUUUAGAUCCAUUCUACAAAGUAGGUAAAGCAUGCGUACAAGAUUUUGAUAUUUUAUCUAAUAUUUCAGUAAAAUUAAUCGAUACUCAUCCAGAAUUUGUACACAAUCUUUGCAAUUCAACCAUACCAGCCUUAUUCCAAAACUUAUUUACUCGAAAAUCAAUCAUUGAAUUUAAUAAUUUUACAAAAACAUUAUUUGCCAAAUUUCCUUUAUAUGUUCCUCGCUUUCUUUCUUUUAUGUUAAUGCAUCCAUUGAUGUCACAAUUUAUCGAAUCAGUUAUCGAAGAAAUCCAAGUUCCGUACACAGAUGAAAAUUAUAUCGAAAAAUUCAUUGAAAGCUGGAAUAACAACUAUACACUAAUGCCAAAACUAUUCAUUGACAUAUUGAAGAACUCUUCUACACCAGAAACCCUUCUUUUUGAUCUUUUUGUGAAACCAAUUUUUCAAUUUCCAAAAAUGCACUGUUUACUUCAUCAACUUGAUGAAAUCGAUGAAAAGAGACUUGCACAAAUCAUAACUCAACUUAAUACCAUGCAAGAUAAGCUCUGGGAGGCAUUUUCCGACUCAUCAGAAUUAUGUGACUUUCCAAAAGAAGAAUCCAAUGUCCAAAUCCAAAGUAUCUCACAAUUCUUUGUCUUUUCAGACGAGGAUCUUGUUAUUCUAUCAUAUAUUGCAGAGAUUGGCAAAGAAAUGGAUUUAUUAGACAUUGAUGUUCCAGAAAUUCAACCAUACAAAGUUAUUUUCAUUUUCCCGGAGCCUGUCGAAGUUCCACAAGCAUCAAUGAGUAGUAUUAUACUUUAUUCAUCACAGCCUGAUGAUAUAGAGAUGAACAUCAGGUCAUUAAUUGUGAAAUGUCCUCCAAUUAUUCACGCGAGUUCUCUUUCACAAGAAAAAAACUUCUUUUUCGAAAUCAGAAAAAUGUUGGCUUUCAUUCCAAGAGAAGAAGAAACGUCGUUCGAACUGAAGAUAGUUAAAGUAGAACAGAUGGUUAAAGAUAGAUAUACAUUUAGAAACAUUUUGGACAUAUUAAAAAAUGCUUUCGAAAAAAGAUCAAAUGAACACAUAAAAAGUUUGUCAAAUAUUGCUCAAAUGAACAACAAAAACAAGACAUUGCAUGUAAGUAUUGAAGAACUAACUGAACAUUUGAAGAAUAGAAUGUCUGUAUUAAGAUAUUACUUACUUCAAUCGUGGAGUAAUGAUCCACAAAAUGAAAUUUCUUUGCCUGAAGAUGUAAUUGAAAAUCCUGAUACUUUCAGCGAAUUCUUCACAAAAAGCUAUGGAAUAUGGACUGAAUGGCUGAAGAACAAACAGUUCUUUACUUGGGAUGAUACAAUGGAGUUCCAUGAGUUCUUGAUGAGAAAAAUUCCUUUGGAAAAAUUUGUUGAAAAACAUCAAAAUUUGGUUGAAGAAGAUCAAAAAUUUGUUGAUUUAAUUGACAACAAAAAAGAUGAGAUAAUGGAAAUGAUUAAAGAUAAGUUCAUUAAAGUGUUCUUGAAUAGACCAGAACUUCUUGAUGAAGCAGAACUUUAUUGUCGCCAAAUAUUUACUGAGAAAUCUCCUUUGGAAGCAUCAAAUAAAAUGCAUUUGAUGUUUAGAGAGUUAAUUUUCGUCACUGAAUCUGAAGUAAAAGAUGAUGCAGGAGAAAAUGAAUACACUCCUCUGAGAUUGCUUGUUUUCAUUAGAGCAAGACCUCAAAAUUUGUUCUCUAAGUUGACAUACAUGUCUCAUUUCUUGUACUCGAUGAUGGAAGAUCCUUUGCAAGUUGAAGUAAUAACAAUUUGCGAAGCUCUUUGUGGACAUUUCCGCGAAAUAAUCGAUAAAUUUACUGAACAUCCUGCUGAAGAACAACAAGAAGAUCAAGAGCCGCCAUCUCCAACUACAUAA